CAACCGGUACUCCCUGGCCAGGUGCAGUCUGCCCAUGUCAUGCUUCACUAGGCUUGACUGCUCCAAGUCUUACUGAGUAACAAGUAUGGAACACGAGGCAAUUGGAGAACAAAUAGCGCUUGAAUGCAGCUUAGAGCGCUUAAAUGAUGCGGCAAGCUCAUUUGGGUUCUCUGUUAAACAUAUGCCAGGCAGAGGCCGCUGCUGUAUAGCUACAAGACACAUACGCUCCGGUGAGACUUUAGCUCUAGAUCCACCGCUCCUCUACUGGGAAGAUGAACCCAUGCAAAAUUCUGUCGUUGCAAACAGUCUUUACAACGCGUGCGGCGGCCGAGUGCACGCCAACGUGGUCAAUCUCUUCUCAGCUUACAUCGAUGCAUCACCGGAAAUUCAAGAGCGUGUUGAUGACUUUGCAGUGGCAGGCUCCCCUCAAGAAGCUCGGUUCAUUGCCGACAAGACUGCUGUGUGGCAGGAAAUUUGCAAGCAAAUUUGGUCUGGCUGCAGCGAGUAUCACGAUCAACUCAAGUCAACGUCCAACAUGGUCGCCUUGCUUACCAAGUCACACAUCAAUGCACAUGGUUUCAAUGGAGGUCAUGCUAUGUUGGAAGUUGCCAGCAAGUCGAAUCACGCUUGCAGUCCUAAUGCGACCUAUGUGCCAAUCAUUCUCGAUGGACGAAAGUUCAUGCGUUUGCUCGCCAUCAAAAAUAUUGCACCAGAGGAAGAGAUCUUCACAACAUAUAUCGCUGGUCUAGAUAUGCUUAACUCGACUCGAAAUAGACGGGCAUUGCUUGUUUCUCAGAAGGCAUUUGUCUGUCGAUGCAGCCGAUGCAUUGCACCUGACUUGCAAUCUCGCUUGCCAUGUCCAGCCUGCAAAACGGGUACCAUGAUUUGGCAUGAUACAGUAGAGCACCCAUGGCAUUGCCAACAAUGCGGGCGUCGAUUCUGGGAUGGCCAGGUCAAUAUGCGUGAAAAGCAGCUGCAAGGCCUGCUGUCCAACCUGGACAGUCAGAUGAAUCGUGGUGGAUUCCCUCCUUUGAGUAUUAUGGCUUUCCUCAUGAGAGAUGUUGAGGAGGAUCUUGGACGGCAUCAUUACCUUCAGAUUCAAGCGUGGUCGCUGAUGGAAGAGCUCUUUGCCUAUCGGAGCGUGGCUGGUCUAGCAGACGAUGCGACAGAACGUCCAGUACGUCUAGCGAACGCCUGGAAGUAUGUCCGCUUUCUCAUGCUAGAGUUCUGGGAUACAACGCCUGUUGUCGCCACCAACUUGUCAGUCCUGAGACUACAGACGCUCAUUACUCACGGAGCCGACUCUCAAUCAGGCCAAAAGCGCCUGCCGCCCCCUGGAGUACCUUUACAUGAGCUCAAGAAGGUCUUGAAGCGAGCGAGCCAGUUUCUCACAACAUUCUUCGGCGAACAAGAUAUUGAUGCUCAGUCAUUUCGCCAAGCACUUCAAGACUACAACUGUUGCGCUCGGGAAAGCUGCGACAAUACACUCACAGAGACAUGCGUGGCGUGCCCGAAGUGUUCUCUCCUGUAUUGCAACCGAAAGUGCUUGAACGCUGACAAAAGCUUACACGAAGCUUACUGCACACUUGCACAAAAGGUCGGCGUCCUAGUCAAUGAUCCCAGGGAACUGAUAGCAGCCAUAUAGAGGUCAACAUGACCAGUUUCAGUAAUCUAAUGCUU